ACAGCUUAUUUAUACCGGCUGCAACCACAAGUCAAAACAACACCUGACAGAGUCGGAGAGAGAGGGCGGGGCUACUGGCUGCAAAGUUGAGCCUUGGCCAAAGGAAAGAAUACGUUCGCCGGGAGUUGGAGCGACGUACAGGAUUCGGCUUUCCCAAGUCAUUCGCACCGUCCACGGAGGAGUUUUCAAGCUCAAACUUUUUGCCGAGCCAAGGGUUGUACCUUCUUCUGCUCUGUAGCUCGUGCGUGAAUAUACAGAAGACAAGUGACUAACAAGGCAAGGAGCUGGUGAGCCCACAGGAUAGAGCUCAGAACCCUCAGAAGCCUUGCUGAGAGCUCGGGGGAGGCGUGGCUGGCUCUGCAGGCUAACCACAAGGGACCACAGAGGCGAACAAGCCUGGAAGAGCUGGUGAAUGGUGGAGAGUGAGGAAUGCAAAGAAGACGAGUUGGAAGUGGCAAUCAAGGUUGUGGUGGUAGGGAACGGAGCCGUGGGUAAGAGCAGUCUCAUCCAGCGGUACUGCAGAGGAGAGUUCACUAGUGAAUACAAGAAGACCAUCGGAGUUGAUUUCCUCGAGAGAGAACUGCAUGUUAGGGAAGAGGAGUGUAGGCUGAUGGUAUGGGACACUGCAGGUCAAGAGGAGUUCGAUGCCAUCACUAAAGCCUACUACAGAGGGGCUCAUGUGUGUAUAAUUGUGUUCUCAACAGUUGACAGAGAGUCAUUUCUGGCUAUUGAGAGGUGGAAAAAGAAGGUUGAUGCAGAGGUGGGUGGAGUUGUGACGUGUGUUGUUCAGAACAAGAUUGACCUCAUUGAUGAGGCCUGUAUGACACCAGAGGAGGUUGGUAGGGUGGUAAAGGAGUUAAAGCUGAAACUGUUCAGAACAUCAGUCAAAGAAAACUUCAAUGUUGAAGCAGUAUUUGAUUACCUGGCAACAAGAUAUCUGGAGAAGAGGCGGAGAUCGUCACGGCAGCAAGCAAAGAUUACCUCAUCAGCGAGGGAGGGUGAACUGGGUGUGGUGUGUCUAGCGAGGGAGGGUGAAAUAUCACUGGGUGUGGUGUGUCUAGCGAGGGAGGGUGAACUGGGUGUGGUGUGUCUAGGGAGGGAGGGUGAAAUAUCACUGGGUGUGGUGUGUCUAUACGAUGUACACAAGGACACGGUGGCAGCAGUCUAUCAGGACUGUAACUAUCCUAGUCUUAGUCGAAACAAAAAUCUUGAGAGCUUCAAGAAAAGAUAUGAGGGGGCAUGUAAGGACAUUUCGUCCAAUCGGCUGUCAGCUGAAGAUUUCGACAUUGUCAAGGUGAUCGGUAGAGGAGCAUUCGGGGAAGUCCAGCUGGUGAGGAUGAAGCACAACAAUAGAGUGUACGCUAUGAAGACCCUCAGCAAGUAUGACCUGAUCAAGAGGUCAGACUCUGCCUUCUACUGGGAGGAGAGGGACAUAAUGGCUCAUGCUGACUCUCCCUGGGUGGUCGGACUCCACUUUGCCUUCCAGGACUCCUCAUAUCUUUAUAUGGUCAUGGAGUACAUGCCAGGAGGUGAUAUGGUGAGUCUUAUGGCUCGUUAUGACAUACCAGAAGACUGGGCCAGGUUCUAUACGGCAGAACUGGUACUGGCUCUUGAGACCAUUCAUAACAUCGGAUAUAUUCACAGGGACAUAAAGCCAGACAACAUGUUACUGGACGAAAGAGGUCACCUCAAACUGGCUGACUUCGGAACCUGCAUGAGAAUGGAUGAGCAUGGUAAAGUGAGGUCAGACACGGCUGUAGGAACUCCUGACUACAUCUCACCUGAGGUACUGAAGUCACAGGGUGGCAACGGUUACUAUGGCAGCGAGUGUGACUGGUGGUCAGUGGGUGUGGUCUUGUACGAGAUGUUGGUGGGUGACACUCCGUUCUAUGCGGAGAGUGUCAUGGGAACGUACUCUAAGAUAAUGGCCCACCGCGGAGAGCCAGACUACGGAGACUGUCAUGUCGGACCCAAGGCUAAAGACCUCAUCGCCAAGUUCUUGGCUGAGGGAUCCUCCAGACUAGGAACAGGAGGUGCGGAGGAGGCGAAGAAACACAGAUUCUUUAAGACGACCUCCUGGACAUGGGACACAAUCAGACAAAACGACGCUCCAGUUGUACCUGAACUGAAGUCGGACAUCGACACUCAGUAUUUCGACACCAUGGACGAGGGAGACCAGGCCGAGACCUUUGCCACGCCCAGGGAGUUUGCUGGUAAUCACCUUCCAUUUGUUGGGUUCACUUACUCCAAAGGCCGUAGUCUCCUUGACAACCAGGGGGGUGGAGCCAAGACCACAGGAAGUGAUAAGGAGCUACAGAAGAAAGUGGACCAGUUGUCGUUGGAGAAGGUGUCCCUGGAGGAGGCUGUCAGUAAGGAAGUGGCCAAGAGAGAAGACACCGAGACUAAAGCCAGGUCGACUGAGGAAGUAUUGGUGAGGGUAAGGGCGGAGUUAGGGGCGGAGCUUGAGUCCAAGAGGAAGGCAGAGUCUCGCAUCAGGACUCUCGAGUCUCAGGUGACCACUGAGAGGGAAGAAGUAGAGGAGAUGACAAAGAAACUGGAGACUGAACAGAAGGAGAACAAGAAGUUGAGGCUGGAGCUGUCGUCGGCCCUGACCUCAGCAGCAAGUGUGGCUGACAGCAAGAAGGCCAGGGAGCUGGAGGCACAGCUGGAGACCAAGACUGCCAGUCUCUCCUCUCUCAACAAGACUGUCCAGUCGCUCAAACAGGAGCUGCUGGUAGAGAAGGGUGACAGAGAUCAGCUGCAGUCAAGGCUGACGUCCCAACAGAAAGACCUCUCAUCUCUAGAGAGGCAGCUGCAUGAGGCUCGCACCGAGGUCGAGAAGAUGAGGAAGAUGAAGAAGACGGCAGAAGACAAACUCUCUGAACUAAACAGGGUCAGCAGAGGUCCAGGUCAGGAGAAGCAGCGUCGUCUAUGACUGUGAGAUGGACUGAGAUCGACUGAAGAGGUUCACCAGGCUCAAGAAAUGAUGCUCCCAGACUGGGACGAGAGAGAAGACCCGACUGAUCUCUCUCUAGAACCCAACAGGACACACGAUGACCUCAAGAGAAUGGUAGGAUGAUAUGAUGGGAUCAGUGAAGGCAGUGCUCGCGAGCUGAAAACCUCUGACAGUAGAGCAGGAGGAAACUACUUAGUUGUCCCGCUAGACCUCCGCAAGCUCGAGACAGAGGCCCGCGGCGCACAAGGCUGCCGAGAGAGAGCGAGAAGGCGUGGAGUCUCAGCGUCUCUAUGGCAACCCUGGAUCUGAAGACAACCACAAGAGGAGGCGAGACAGAAGCAAGCAGGAGGUACCAGUCUCCAGACCAAGAUGGCAAGCUCUCAGGUGCGUGGCGAGAGACGUCGUCUACAGAGUGCUGUGUCAGACAGUAAGAGGGACACUGAGAGCAGAGUCGAGGAGCUCCAGGUGAUGCCAGAGAGGGAGCUAAUGGAGCAGUGAGCUCCACGACUGUCAGAGAAACAUAGAAGCACAGACUGGAAGACACCAUAUGUCGCCUGAGAUGAGUGAGGCGAUGGCGAUGGGGCCGCCACCUCCGUCUCUGUAGGCCAUGGAGCUAUUGGAGAGAGAGAAGAGAGAGAGAAGGAGACUGCCGCUGACAGCAAGGAACAGUGAACUGGAGCAGGCUACAAAGGCAGCAUGUGAACUAGCCCAGAAAAACCAGACACCUGAGAAGGAAAUAGGACAGCUGAAGCAGUCGGUGGACUCCCGGCACAAGAAGCUCGGAGAAAGCCUUGAUGGGAAAGACAGUGCCGAGCGAUCGAAGCUGGCGGAUAUUUGAGAGGGAGAAGAAGAUGAUGAACUGGACAUUCCGGAGCUUCUAGUGAGACACAAUGUGACGUGACCGAGAGAAUGUCAAGUUUGCCAGCUGGCGAGGCGCUGUGCUGACUCAGCGAAAGUUGGCUCAAAAUACGAACCCCGAACAACGAUGUUUCCAGGGACAUCUAAAACAGGCUCUCUCUACAACAGCUGGAAGAGAGAGGGGGUCCCAUGGGGAGGAGAUACAAGACAAGAUCACCUCUCUGGAAAAACGAAGUAAAGUUCAUGGAGAGUCAAGAAGAACGAGGCAUCAACAAACUAGCGCAGGUUAUGUUCUCAAGAACCCCUGACAAGAGGAGGCUCGAGCCAGCAAAUCCUCUGGCAGCAGGAGACAGGACCGAGAGAUCAGGAAGCUGAGGGGAGAGCUGCAACACGAGACUCAAAUUCCAGAACAUGGUCCGCAAAUAACCAGAAGGAGCGGAGGAUGUCUCUAAUAAAAUAUGAUGAGGAGCAGCAGUGCGACAGGAUCUGCAGGUGAAGUUGAAUUCAGAGCGAGCAGCAGCUAGCAACACUCAGGACUUCCUUCGGCAACGGACCUCACUAUGGAGUCUGAUAGACUCUCCUGCCCAUAGCGACAUUGUGUCUCCUAUUGUGGAGCGAGUGAGACGUGUCGACUUCAGAUACCAAAAUGGCCACAAUCCUCGCAAACAGGAGGAAGAAGUGUUCAUGUGAUGAUGGUCAUUACCAACAAGCAGCUGGCAGUGUAUGAGAUGAGGAUUCUCUGCAGACCCCCAAAGACCCUUCAUGGUCUACCAGUUCACAGUCAGAUCUACACUGUGAGGAUUGAACCCGGGGACAGAACAGAGAUUCUGAAGAGUUAAACAGAGCGACCUCAAAAAAAGAUCCUCAUGUUGUCGUCAUCGAGGAUCGGAGGCUCAGCAGCUGUUGCACUGGACUCAUCUACCGUGUCUACCUCCAAGCUGACCAGGGAAUAGUUGAACGACGGUGCGCGGUCACCAGUUUGUGCAGAAUCAACUACCACACUCCGUCCAACUGUGAAUGUCUGUAAGAACACUCUCCUUGGUCUCUUAAACAUCAUGAGACCGUCGGGAGU